UGCGUGACCUCUGACGUACAACCAACAACACGGAGGCAGUCACAGCAUUCAUUGUGCGCACUUGUGAAAUCUGGUAAAGAAUGAAAUAAAAGUGAAAGUAAUGACAAAGUUUCUGGUUUAAUGAACCAGGGGGACAUUAAAAAAAAUUCCAUUGUCGGCUACAAUUUGUGAUCCGGUACUUGGCUGCAGUGACAGAAUGUACCCAUCUUCCUGUGACACCUUUGUGGCUCUGCCCCCUGCCACCCAGGGACAGCGCAUCAUCUUCGGAAAGAACUCAGACAGGCCCUGUGAUGAGGUCCAGGAGGUGGUCUACUUCCCUGCAAGAGACUACAAUGCAGGAGAGAAAGUUGAAUGCACAUACAUCGAAAUUGAGCAGGCAGCCCAUACCAAUGCAGUUGUGUUGAGCAGACCAGCCUGGUUGUGGGGGGCUGAGAUGGGGGCUAACGAGCACCAGGUGUGCAUCGGAAACGAGGCAGUAUGGGGCAGAGAAAGUGCUGAGGACGAGGAGGCCCUUCUUGGCAUGGAUUUUGUCAGACUUGGUCUGGAGAGAGCGGAGACUGCUCAGAAGGCUGUGGAUGUUAUUGCUGAGCUGCUGGAGAAAUAUGGCCAGGGAGGAAACUGCAUGGAGGACCAGUCUGGCUUUACCUACAACAACAGCUUCCUCAUCUCCGACAGGACUGAGGCCUGGGUUAUGGAGACGUCUGGGAAGUACUGGGCAGCAGAGAAAGUGGGAGAUGGAUAUCGUAAUAUCUCCAAUCAAUACUCAAUAACAACCAAGAUAGACAAGGAACACCCUGGGAUGAGGGAGUAUGCAAAGAGCCAUGGCUGGUGGGAUGGGAAGGCCCCGUUUAGUUUUGCUGAGACAUACUCUUUCAUGACUACAGCCAGAAUAGAGGCGUCUGGCAGCAGAUACUGCGAAGGACGUAACCUACUAGAGAGAAGCAAAGGACACAUCACAGCUGAGACAAUGAUGGAUAUCCUGAGGGACAAGGAGAGUGGCAUCAACAUGGAGGGGAUGUUCAUGACAACAGGAAGCAUGGUGUCUGUCGUACCAACAGACCCCACCCUGCCAGGGGUGCACUACAUCACUGGAACUCCUGACCCUGAGAGGUCUGUUUUUAAACCUUUCGUCUUUGUGAACGACAUUAAACAGUUGAAGCAAACUAGCUCUCCCUGUUACGGCCCUGAUGACCCUGUUAAGAAGAUACCCCGUUUCCAGAGCAAGCCGGAUCGCAAACAUCCACUGUUUAUCAAACAUGAGGUGGUGGCUGCAAUCAUUGACAGCACCAAGGACAAAGGAAAGAAGAUCAUGCAGAAUAUGAGAGUGGUAGAAAGGGAGAAGAUGGCUGAGAUGGAGAAACUUUUAUCAAGUGGUAUUGAAGACCCUACUUCAGUUGUGCACCUGUUUUCUUACUCAGUCCAGGAAGAACUGAGCGUGUACAGUAACAUUUAGUGGGAUCUUUCAUAUUGGAAUGACAAGGGGUUGUUUCAACACCAACCCCAGCAUGCAAUCCUGUCACUAUAUUGGAACAGUGAAAUCAUCAGUAGAAAGUAUUAAUACAUCUAGAUCAAUUACAGCCUGUCAUAUUUUCUUUGGUUGAAUAUAAUACUUGUUUAUAAUUUCAACAUUAAACAGUAUUACUAGAGCAGUUGAGGAGAGAGUUUAGCCUUUAGUUUGACCUUUGAGCUGUUUACUGAGUGAUUUGCAUAGGUUGAUUUAAAGUAAAACAGGACAAAUUCCCAUUAUCACACCACUGCCUUCAGGCAUCCUAAACCACCCCGAAAGGCCUUGCAGGUAGAGCCACACCCACACGUUACCACAACAUGUAUCCAUCAUUCCUGUUUUAACCCAGGAUAAAAGGAAUUACAUAAACCAGAGGUACAAUAGAGGAUAAUUUUUUUCAGAACAGGCUGGGAAUCAGAGGAACAUGCAGCAUUAGUUGGCUUCAAAGUACAUGAUACCGUACAUUCUCUUAGUCAAGUGACAUGAAAUAAAUACAUUGACAAACCAUUAUUCAAACAUUCAUAAUGCCAAACAAGGUGAAUACAUGCCUCAAUUACCUUAUUAGCAACAGUAAUAAGCACAACCCCAUUAAGGACAAAAUAACCCAAAUAAUAAAGAGUACAUUUAAUCUGGCAAAUUCGGUAUUGUACUCCUUUUCUUCCAACAAACAUAAGACAACCAAAACAAACUGGAAUUUAAUUGUUGUGUAUUUAAAAAUCCCAAAAGAAGAUAGCUGAUCAAAAAUGUAUAUAUUUUUUUGCCAAGAAUCAUUCAAAUAAGUAAAAACCAAACAAUACAAUUCUGCAUUAGCAGACAAGUCUGCAUCCAUAAACAUUUGACACCAUUCUAUCUACAUUAUUCAAAUGUAUUAAAAAUAGAUCUAGCUGCCAUAUCCUAUUUUCAAGUUAUAAACGAUGGCCAAAUUAAGGGUAUUUAGAAUACACAGCAACAUUACAGGCUUCCAUUUUUAAUACCUGAGGUCACAUUGCUAAAUACCAUUCUUGUCAUCCAAACUAAAUAAAAACAUGUUAAACCAGA